GAUAAAUCCGGUGAAGCUGUUUUGGUACAGUUUGAAGAGGUCUAUGCAGAAGUGGCAUUUCGUGGCGAAGCAGGCUAUUGUCCAUGAGCAAGACCGGCAAGUCGGGUGGGUGGCGAGUGAGUACAUGGAGUACUUGCGAUGUCGGGAAGACUUUGUGAAGGAGCUCGCGUUUCUGUCUUCCACCGUGGGCUGCACCACGCCGGGCAGCAGCUUCCUUUGCAGCUCCGAGGCGGAUCCACAACUGCAAUCUUUUGCACGGCAGAACACGACUGGUGACGCAACUACUUCCGCGGAGGAGGGAGAACAACGCAACGGUCCUCUAGGUCAUGGAGGAAGAAGUUGCGCGCUCGGUGGCCUGCGGAACAAAUUGGCCCAUCAUGAUGGUCGAGGAAAGCAAAAUCACAAUUCUUGCUCGACUGCAAAUGCCGCGCGGUUCUUGCGACAACCUUGCUCUCCGCUCCUGACCGAAACCGACAUGGAACAGCUUUUGCGCAGAAAUGCGGUAGCAAGUACUAAAUUAUCUGGGACGACGAGGACGACGAGUGCAGCUGCGCGCCCUGGAGGAGCUGCUGGAACAUUCGACUGGCCAGCCUGGUACGAAAGACAGAAGGAAAUGGUUCUCGCUUGCCACCAGCAGAGUGAGGCUGAGGAAGAGCAGGAUCAUGUUGCUGACCAACUGGAAAGGUGCGCUUUCACCGGAAAGCAAGUAGCGGACGAAGACAUCACUGGAGUUCCUAGUUGUGCAGCCAACACGCGGCGCACCCAUGUUGAACAAGAUGCGAGCCUCUGUCGCGGUUGUGUUUCAUCUUCUGGUCCUGCAGGUCAACUUUACAGCUGCGAAGUCGGUGGAGGCGGGAUGAGUAAGGAUUUUCCCGACCAGACUCACACUGCGACGCCACAGGAGCUAGAGCAACACGACAAGAAGAACAAUAAAGGUUUUCUGGCCCCCGCGACGAGCGCCCCGAUGUUCCAGCAAGAACAGCAGCCAGUCCUAGUACACCCCCACGACACGGUGAGUACGGGCGCCAGCUCGAAGGAGCGGGCUGCGACGGCGAAAAAAGCAGGGAAACCCCCGAAGGGAGCAGGUGGACCACCUCCCACUGUAUCAGGAGCAACUACGGGCUUCAUCCCACCCGGCGAGUUUUUGGAGGACUCCACCGAGGCGCUUUUCACCGCGGACGUGAAAGUGCUGGAGAAGCACAGCGUGGGGGACAAGGUCCGGAAAAUGCUCUCGCGGUGCGAGCUGGUGCCGCCCGACCACGGCUGUUCCCCGGACCAGUUUUGCGAGGGACGGCUGGACUUCGAGAGGGCGACGCUAAAUCCAGACGGUUCGGGGUUGGGGUUCGACGUCGAGCACCCGCUCUGGGUGAACCACAUACACUUGACCUCGCAAGCCGCUGAGGAUAUGGAGCCGGUAGUGCUCGUGCAUCCGGCUGCGUAUGGCAGAGAAUUUCGUGUGUAGUCAACAGAAAGAGCAGAGGUAGCUAUUGACUCUUCUUGAUUGUGAUUCACUUAAAUAGUGAUGAAAUUUGAAUUUGUUGAAUAGAGUCUUCGCGAAGUUGUACGGAGACAAAGAUCACCUGAGCUCUGCAGCACAUGCUUCGAGAAUUCAGGGUUUGUUCGAGCACUUUCAAGAAUACAGUACUGAUAAUCACACUUCUUUCUUUCUACAUAUAAACAAAUUUCCAAUUUUAUGAUUUCCACUUCUAUUGCAUUUUAUCAAGCUCCAAACAACGUCACGACAUGUUGUUGUUUUACUUCCUGGUGGUACCUCACGAAGAAAGUUUGUUACUGGGAGGUGGCAGAAGUGUGUGAUGAAUCGCUUUCGCUAUGCUCUACCAUAUUUUUUUUCGAGUCCUUGUGGUCUUCUGUCUUUGACGCCAAAAGAGGAACUAGUUUUGUAAAAAAGACUUCGUUGAAGGUUUUAUCUUUGUAGUUAUUCGUUUUCUUCAGUUUGCGAACAGUUUGACUCUCGAGAAUAUCCCUCAUUUUUGCUGGCCGAAGUCGACGAUGAAAUCAAAUUGGAGCUGCAUGCAAUUUUUCAUGCUUGAUACCGUCUCGCUUUCGUCGGCUUUAGCACGAAACUUCACAC